AUGGGUAUUUCUCGCGACUCCCGCCACAAGCGCUCGGCUACCGGUGCUAAGAGGGCCACCUACCGCAAGAAGAGGGCGUUCGAGAAGGGUCGCCAGCCCUCCAACACCCGUAUCGGUACCAAGAGAAUCCACCUGGUCCGCACCCGUGGUGGUAACCGCAAGUUCCGUGCCCUCCGUCUCGAGUCCGGUAACUUCUCCUGGGGUUCCGAGGGUAUUUCCCGCAAGACCCGUGUCAUCGUUGUCGCCUACCACCCCUCCAACAACGAGCUGGUCCGUACCAACACCCUGACCAAGUCGGCCGUCGUCCAGAUUGAUGCUGCUCCUUUCCGUCAAUGGUACGAGGCCCACUACGGCCAGCCCAUCGGCCGCAGACGCCAGCAGAAGACCGAGACCACUGAGGAGAAGAAGAGCAACAGCGUUGUGAAGAAGCAGGCUGAGCGCUUCGCCGAGAGCGGCAAGGUCGAGUCCGCCAUCGAGAGACAGUUCGAGGCCGGUCGUCUCUACGCCGUCAUUGCUUCCCGCCCUGGCCAGAGCGGUCGUGUUGACGGUUACAUCCUGGAGGGUGAGGAGCUUGCUUUCUACCAGAAGGCUAUCAGGAAGUAA